GCAAGAUGGCGGCGCCCAGGGAGCAUCUGACAACCGUGUGCGGGGAUUUGGAGGGAUGGGAAAUUAACGGGGGAGAGCCGGGGGUGGACAUGAUGAGGCGGGUCACCGAGCUCUUCAGGGAGGCCGAGUACAGAGACAUAGCUGAUGAGAAGACCUUCUCGGUGCUUUUAAAGAUUCUCUCCAGAGCAUCACAUGAAGUCCUAAACAAAGGUGCAGAGUUGGACCCGUCUCUAGAGCAUUGGCUUGAUCUGUCUGCUGAAUGCUUCCGCUGUCUAAGGAACGCCUGUGUGCAAUGUGCCCGAAAUCAGAAUACCAUCAGAGAUGUGGGAUUGAUCGAAGAGACUUUAUCUCUCAUCAAAAUGUUCAGUUCUUCAAGCAAUUGUUCAGAGUCAUGUUUAGUGGCAUUCCGCUGCGGCCUUCAAUUCCUUGGCAAUGUCGCAGGAGGGAACCAGGGUUCCCAGAAUAGAAUCUGGAACCACGCUUUUCCACAGCUCUUCCUAAGCUGCCUGUCACAUGAAGAUGAGAAAGUUGCCACUUAUGGUUCCAUGGUGCUUUUUACUUGUAUGGGGGAAGAUAAAAUGGCUGACUUCAUGGUUCCUGCGAAUCUCAGGGUUGCCGUUAGUGUUAUCACAGCCUCCAGCAAGAGGCCAUAUGUUGAUUGGUUGUAUCUGAUUGUCACAGACCGCUUCCUGAGGUACCCGGAGCUGCUGAAACAGAUUUAUGCCAGUGUGAGCCACUCUGACAGGGUGGUCCUUUUAGAGAUGAUAAUGUCAAAGGUGAGUGACAAGAGUCCUCUGAGUGCAGAAGAAUUGGCCAGCUUGCAGGAGGUAGCGGAGUUCCUCUCUGAAUGCUUCCAGAAUCAGUGUGGAGCUGUGCUAAAACUCGCCAGUUCUAGAGACUGUGAUGAGCCGGAAGCUGUUGUUGUAGUGAGACUCCUAGAUAUCCUCUGUGAAAUGACCUCGGACAGCGAACACCUGACCUGUUUGCAGAGCUGCUCAGGGUUACUGGACACAGUUCUUGACACACUACGUCUGACGCAUCUCGCUGGAAAACAAAGCAAGAACAUCUUCACCUCUUCUCAUACUGCGAGUCUGGGCAGUGACCUCACGCACGCCGCCGUGGGCUUCAAAGCUCAUCUUAUUCGCCUGAUUGCAAAUUUGUGUUACAGAAACAAAGAGAACCAGGAUAAGAUCUAUCAGUUGGAUGGUAUUCCACUCAUUCUGGAUAACUGCAGUAUAGAUGACAAUAACCCUUUUCUCAACCAAUGGGCAGUCUACACCAUUCGGAAUCUCACUGAACACAACGAGAGAAACCAAGGGGUCAUUGCCAACUUGGAGCGCCAAGGGCUGGCUGAUCCUUCUGUACUGGAGCGUAUGGGCUUAGCCGUGGAGGAGCGCGACAACAAGCUGUUUCUGAGGUCCGUCAAGAAAAUGUGAACAACAGACAC